AUGGGAUCAUCAGAAAGUUACACAUUUCCAUCGUCCAUACCUUCUCAACAAGAGUUAGAUGACCAUAAUGUUCCAUUUUAUUACAGAGACAAAUGUGCUUCAAACUUGAUUGAAUAUUACAAGUGUCUUGAUAAAGGCACUUCGUUCUGCAACAAGACCAAGGAUGAGUUUUACAAGUGUCAAUACUUUUUGUUGAAAGGAAGAUUGGACAGCUAUAUUAAAGAACACCAACACUAG